GUCUGAUGUAGACCAAACUCAUAUCGUCCAUAAGACCAACUCGCCAAAACUGGAACCAAGCUCUGUGUUGCAAACCACUGGUGCUCGACGUGGCUCGCCCUCUAAUGAUGAGGAACCGUCCGAGCCGCUUGAACCUACAGAUCCAAACCUUGCAGUCGUUGAUGAGCAACCCAAAGACAAUCCAGAUCGCGCAAUAGAUCAUUCUGAGGAGCUGGGCCUUUCUGAUUCUGCUUCAUCACUGUCGAUGGCUACAGAUAUUCAAAAAGGAGUCGUUUCUUCUGCUCAGCCCCAGCCCAACUCUCCACACCAUGGUCUUCCGCACCCGGAACCUGAGACUGCCAUUCCAGAGCUAGCUAUUGCUGCCCAGACUGGGGCAUCGUCUGAAGCCAAAUCAUCCGUCAAUCUUUCUAGGUCCUCCUCACCCGGGUCUGUGGAUGAGGAGCAGCUCGAUAGCACCGCAGUCCCGCGUAAACCGCUUGAACACUCUGAUGCCGAUAGCGAAUCCGAGGUUGAAGGGACAGAGAACGAAGCUAAAACUGAACCAUCGUCCUUACCACAGACAGUUCCUGGCAAAGACGAUUCACAUUUUGCUACUGGUGAUAGACCGGAACACCGCGGAAUAUCUGUUGCUGCUGUAUCUGUCGUCCAGCCAAGCCACGGCUAUCUUGACUCCGAGAAGAUGUUGGAAACUCCUCGUACAGUUCAAGGUCGUGGACUUCAGGAUAAGCACGAAUCCUUGGAAAAGGUGUUGGGUGUCGAGCUGCCAGCCGCUUCUGACGAUGGACUCCAAAUCGAAAGCAGGUCUAUCGCCAGUUCCACAGAUGACGAAGUGGAUCGCAAGGCGACUGCGACAGCUGCCACCGAUGAUGAGAGUAACGAUGACCUCCCUGCCUCAAGGGAAAUCUCCCCCAUUGGCAUCGACAGAAUUUCUGCACCACAUCAGCCUGAAGUAGUGGAACAGCCAGCGCUUGAGGCAGAAACAUGUCAAGCCAAAAAUGCUAGAGUGGAUGGUACUGAUAUUGAAGUAAUGCCGCCUCAUGAGACCGAAAAUAUCGGGACUCGAAGAACCACUCCUGAAAUCCCUGAGUGGCCUGAUAAUGAACCUGAGGACGAUCGACCAGUGCACCGUGCCGAGUCUCAGGGGCCACCGGCUCUUACUUAUGCAACUUCAUCAGGGACAAUGAGGGGAGUUGAAGAUGAAUUCAGGGCCUUGAACGAGAGAAGUCCAGAUGAAGAGCAAAUCCAUAACUAUACCACAUUCGUUGGCCUUCGAGACCAACGUUUGCCAUCAGUGGAGCGCCCCCAUCAAGACUUGUCUGAUCACAUGUUGCACGAAGUCAAGACUCCUGACACGGAUGACACUCAAGGUUCGGAGCCAAAGCCCGUGCAAGCCGCCGAGGUGAAACCUCUAGAACUCGUCCGACCUGAACACAUGGCUGUCAAGGUUGUUGAUAUUCCUUCGCGCGACAAAGGCAAAGCAGUUGCUAGUAUACCGGAGAGUCCAAAGAGGUCUAGCUCUGCCUCACGAUCGACGCGUCUGUCCCGCGCCGAGCCGCCUCGGACAUUCCUGACACAACAGCAGCGGCCACGAAGAUCACUUAGGGUUCGUCCUGUGACAGAAGUUUACACUAAGGAUCCAAUCUUCAUCCCCGCCGCGAGCCGACCAGUAGACACCAAGCCUAUUCAGCGGCCUCAGCCUCCUCGUGCUGAAAGCGAACCAGCCAAUGUGCCAGUUCGUCCACCGCUAGUGCAUCGAUCCUUGGAGUUGCAAAGCGAUCCUUCAACGACGGCAGUGCGGAGUGAAAAGGCCCCCAGACCUCGUUCUUUCCAGGCCGAAGGCGAGUCGUCCACGGGCCAUGUGAGGCACGAUCUCAGGCAUCCAGCAGUCACAAUUGAAGAGGGGCUCCGAGAUGCUGCGUAUCGAGCUGCCCCCUCAGCUGGCUCGACUGCUGAGGCUGAAGUCCAGAGAUCGCCGAGCCCUGGCAUCGUGAUUCCAGAUGCAGAUAUGAUUGAUCUACAGCGAGCCCGCACCUUACGGCGUACACGAAAGACAUCAAUUCGACGUGCUGAGGACACGCUGGCCGCCGCCGUAGUCAUAUAUGCUACUGCAGAGGCCCUCAGUCCUCCCGGUAGCCCUUCACCUUUCAUUUACCAAAGAAACGGGGGGCUUCCUAAUCUGGAGCAUCAGAUGGAUGCCGAGCCCAAUGAUUACAAUUUUCCAGCCGUUUCUCCUUCCUUGAGGAGCUUUGAUGAUGAGAUCGAAGAACUUCACAAGUCUAAUGCUGACUUGUUUACAGACGAUAGGAGCAGAGAAUCUGACUCGUCGCGAAGCGAUAGAGACAGAGAUAGACAUCGUAGGCGCCGACAUUCUCAUCACUCGAACCGCUCCGGCGGAAGCCGUGGUGAGGAGGACAGGGAGCGCAGGUAUCGCGGCGACGACGAGAGGCGAGCUCAUCGGCCUCGGGAGGAAGACGAGGGCCGUCACCGCCGACUGUCUCACCGCGAGGGCGAGUCUCGAUAUCGUCGCCAUCGCGAAGAAGAUGAAACGCAAGCUCGCGACUCACGUGGUGAAGCUGACGCUAAACUGAGGAACUCUCGCGGUCCCGAAGAGCCAAGAACUAGAGGGUAUCGCCGAGACGAGGACUUCCGGCCACGUGAAUAUAGGAGGGCUGAAGAACCAACUUCACGUGCCCCUCCCCCCCAGGAGGAUGAGGGCCGAGAGCGCAGACGACGAUCAUCUGGUACUCAUCCUUAUCGACGCCAUCGAUCCGACACGGUCGAAUCGGGCCCUCCAGGCACGCCACCCAGAACACCGCGACGAGACAGUGGCUUUUCUGCCGACAAUAGUUCUGGAAGCUCUGGCCGCAAACGUCGAGCCCCUGAGGAACAGGCUGCCCACGACAAACGCAGAGCAGAAAGGGCAGAACGGCGAGCACGAGAGGAAGCUAGCGGAAGGCGUGAACCCUCGGGAUAUCGAGAGGAAAAGGUGAGCAAGGGCAAAGAGCCUGUUCGUGAACCAGAACCAGAACCAGAACCAGAGCCUCAGCCUCAGCCUCAGCCUCAGCCUCAGCCGCAGCCUGAACCCGAGCCGGAUCGACGACAUCGCCGCUCGCGUCGGCAUAGCAAUUCCGAGAGACCUCGAUAUGAAGAACCCAGGGAACGUCCUCGAGAGGAAUCCGUCCCGCCUGCUCCUGUGCCUGAAAAGAAGUUCUUUGCCGUCAAGAACUCGGAGGGUGUCCUGGGCAGUACCACACCGCCACGUGAGGAGCCCGUGAUCGCCGAACCUGUCAGGGAACGAACGAGGGAGGCCCCGCUGGAGGACUCACCUAAAAGGUCCUCAACACGUCAUAGACGCACUCGCCCUUCUACCGAUGAACCACGUCCUCGAUCCUCGCGCCGCCCUCGUGAGGAGCCUGCCCCUGAGCCAACCCGAGACAGGGACAGGGAACGGGAGAGAAACAGGGAGAAGAGUAAGACGAGAGAUAGGGACAGAGACAGAGAACAGGAGCCUCGACCUGUCAAACACGUCAGGAUGGACACGGAGGACUCUCGACGCAAAGCACGUCACGAAGAACGACGUAGAGCGCAAAUGAGGGAGGAAGAUAAGAAGCCAUCGGGUAUCAAAGGUGCGUUCAAGAAGCUGUUUAGCAAGUCUUGAACAGCCAAGAACGAGAGAAGGGACAGAUUGUCUUCACUUCGGUUUUUGUAGUUUGAUGAUAUUCUUUACGUAUGUAUGUGACGAUAAGGGAGGUUUUUGGGUUUGUUGACAUGAUGAUAUGAUUUCUCUGGAAGCACGACAGACACGUUUUCUCACGCCAUAAUUGCCAUAUAGAUUGACGACAAUUUAUGAUUCGUUUUAUUUAAGAAAGAGAUAUGUGCUCGUCAUCGGAGUGCUGUUUCUGUCGCCUCUUUUCAAAUGACUU